CGUCGCGCCUGAAUGACGUCAGGGGACGCGGUUGCCGGGGCAACCAGACGUCACGGCCUUGUGAUGGCCCCGGAACUGGCGGUGGCCCGUACUCUCUUGCUCGCUGCUGCCCUGUGUUGGGAGGUCGGGACGGUGAGCGGAGCAUCCAGCAGUGUGACCUUCUGCUCUUGUGACCUGACACCUGGGAGCUGUGAUAUAAACUGUUGCUGCGACCCUGACUGCACCGCAAGUAACCUGACCGCGCUCUUCUCCUUCUGCUUGCCUGGCAGCACCAAGGCGGAGAGAUGGGUGUGUCUCUCCAACUGGCUGAUCUUCCGCAAUAACACCCCAUACACCACAGCCGUUGUUGGCUCCCCUCCUACGGAACUGUUCUGUGUGCUCUCAGCUGGCGCCUCCUUGAAUUACUUUGUCAGCCCCCAGACAGUAAAUGCGUCAAACUUCCCGACCCUCAGCGCGGCAUACCAAGGCCCGUCCUUCUCUGCCGCCUCUGUGGGCGUGCCGCAGUUCCCCAGCUUCUACAGGGCUGACGAUCCCGUCCUGACCGUCUCUACGUUGGGAGCGCUCUCCGUGCUGAGACAGCCGGCGCCACUGGGGGCUCAACGUGUUUGUUCCAGCAACAAUCCUGCAAAAUUCCUCAGGUCGGGCAGCACGUCGUGUAUACAUGUCCUCAGUAACCUGACUGACAGCUGUGGGACCGACCUCUCCUUGGACGCGUCCUAUUAUUACCAGGAUAUCACAGUGCUGCCGGUUCCAGCGGAUGUGACGAAUCAGACAGCCAGGGGGGUCCCCAUAAUCAGCACUGCGGCCGACUUACCCAUCCUACAAGGAGACUAUUGUAACAACGUCGUGACCCAGGUGGAGUACACCGUGCUGUACAAUGGCACGCAGGGCAUCACCAAUGUCAGCGUUGUUUUCACUCUCACCAACGUGUCCACGACAAGUCCCUUCAUAAAUCAGAUCUUCACCGUGGUGUAUAAGCCGCUUUCUUCAGCCGCUCAGACUUCGGCGCAGAGCAGAAGCGGGAACCCGGGGUACCUGGUUGGAUUCCCUGUGCUCAGCGACAGUGGACACCUGUCACUACUAAGGUCUCUGGUGGGAGAGUCGUGCGCUUACAGCCCUGUCCGGUUUGGGAUGAACUCGCUGAGUGGCUGCAUGAUCCGUGGUACGACCCAAGAAACAUGUAGUGAUCUCCAAGCUCGAUCAUACCAAUUGCUGCUGGGGGGGAGUGCGCCACAAAGCCUGGCCAUGUUUGGUAACACCACCACUACCCAGAGCGGCAGCUGGACGCCUAUCCUAUACGAGAACUGCAGCAGCCAGGGUGACUGCUCAUCCAACUGCCUCCUCCCCGUCUCCCUGCACAUGCAGAUCUUGUGGGCGAGCGUUGGGCUUCUUGCUAAUCCCCAGUCACAAGUGCUUGGUGCACGGUUCAGCUACAGGUGCCAGCUUGUCAAGUGUCAGGAUGCCACCGUUCUCCAGACUCGAGUCUCUUUCACAGAUCUCACCCUCCGCGGGCCAGCCCCACGUGCCAACCCCAGUGUUACAGGCCGAGACCCCCUGGGAUUCUUCUCUCCAUUCCAGAGUAGCGGUACAGAGGCGAAAGCAGGGUCUCCGCUCCUGGCCCUAGGGCUGCUGGUUGUAUGCUGGGUCGGAAGGGGGUAGAAAACGCUCCCUGUCCCCCCUCACACUAUAAUGCUGGAAAUUACUAUUCGGAUUGUUUAUAUUAGAUGACUGAGCGGAACCAAUUUUCCACAAGUGAUUGUGUUGGUUGAUUGUUACUUUAUAUGUUUUUCUAAAUAAAUUAUUUUUGUUAUUAAACAUCUUA